GAAUCGAAGUUACCUUUACAAAGGUGAAAUACUUUGCCCAAAUGCAGCAUUAGAAUUCAUUUUAGCUGCUAGCUGUCUCCAGUCACCAUGUUGCUGAAAGCCAAGCAGGCCCUUUUAUUGGCCGAUAACUUUGGUUCUAGAUUCCACAAACUUUCUGUCAAAUGUAUCCAAGGUUUGAAGACAUCGUCACGGUUAUACUGCCAGAAAGCGGAGAAACCUGUCGUAGGAACUCCAUACAAUAAUAUCACUAUUGGCAUCGCCAAGGAAUCGUUCCCCAAUGAAAAAAGAGUGGCGGCAGUACCAGCAGCCGUACAGAAUCUCAUUAAAAAAGGGUUUAACGUAAAUGUUGAAGAAAAUGCUGGUGUGGAAGCCAAGUUUAAAAAUGACGAUUACGCCGCGGCAGGAGCCAAUAUCAAAAGCACAAAGGAUUUAUUCCAUUCAGAUAUUGUGUUAAAAGUUCGUGGACCCUCUAUGGAAGAAGUUAGCCAAUUUAAAGAUGGAGGAACAUUAAUCAGUUUUCUGUAUCCUGCCCAAAAUAAAGAUUUGGUAGAUAAACUUGGUGAAAGGAGAAUGACAGCGUUUGCUAUGGAUUGCGUUCCUCGUAUUAGUCGAGCUCAAGUUUUCGAUGCUCUCAGUUCUAUGGCUAAUAUUGCUGGUUACAAGGCAGUGCUGGAAGCAGCUAAUAACUUUCCACGAUUUUUUGCUGGUCAAAUAACAGCAGCUGGUAAAGUACCACCAGCGAAAGUUUUAGUCAUUGGUGGAGGAGUGGCUGGUCUAUCAGCUAUUGGUACAGCUAAAAACCUGGGAGCCAUUGUACGAGGUUUUGAUACCAGAGCGGCUGUGAAAGAACAGGUUGAAUCAUUUGGUGCCGAGUUUUUAGAAGUUAAUAUCAAGGAAUCUGGAGAAGGAACUGGUGGAUAUGCUAAAACAAUGUCUAAAGAAUUUAUCGAGGCUGAGAUGGCGUUAUUUGCUAAACAAUGUAAAGAGAUAGAUAUAUUGAUUACUACAGCUCUAAUCCCUGGUAAACCUGCUCCUAAACUCAUCUCUAAGCAAAUGAUCGAGUCUAUGAAGCCAGGAUCAGUGGUUGUAGAUCUCGCGUCUGAGGCUGGUGGUAAUAUCGAGACUAUCAAACCAGGAGAGUUAUAUCGUUAUAACGACGUCGUCCAUAUUGGUUACACGGACUUCCCUAGUCGACUACCGACACAAUCUAGUACCUUAUACGGCAACAAUAUCUCCAAAUUCUUACUGUCCAUAGGAGAAAAAGAACAUUAUAAUGUAAAUCUUGAAGAUGAAGUUGUUCGUGGAUCUAUUAUUCUUCAUGAGGGUAAAUUAAUGUGGCCACCACCGGCACCUAAAGUUGACCCUGCCGCCCCUCCUCCUGCCCCAGCAGCUAAAGUAGAGAAGGUUGCCCCACCCCCACCAAAUUAUUUUAAUAUGACUAUGAAGAGUGCUGGUAAAUACUCAGCUGGCUUUGGUACUAUAGUAGGAUGUGGUAUGAUCUCACCUAACCCUCAGUUUACUACCAUGGUUACCACUUUUGGUCUGUCUGGUAUUGUAGGUUACUAUACAGUAUGGGGAGUAACACCAGCUCUCCAUUCACCAUUAAUGUCAGUAACUAACGCUAUAUCUGGUAUAACUGCUGCUGGUGGUCUGUUAUUGAUGGGAGGAGGUUAUUUCCCCUCUAAUACUAUACAUGGUCUAGCAGCAGCUGCAGCUUUCAUCUCGUCUAUUAAUAUUGGAGGAGGUUUUGUUGUUACACAGAGAAUGUUAGACAUGUUCAAACGAGCUGACGACCCUCCAGAGUAUAAUAAACUAUAUGGUAUCCCAGCAGCAGUGUUUCUGGGUGGCUAUGGUUAUGCUGCCUCGACCGGUGCCUACCCAGAUAUUCAUCAGAUGAUCUAUCUUGGUGCUGGUUUGUCUUGUGUUGGAGCUCUGACUGGUUUGUCGUCUCAAAAAACAGCCAGAGUUGGUAAUGUUUUGGGUAUGAUUGGUGUAGGAUCAGGUGUAACAGCAACUCUGGGAAUUAUUAAACCAGAUCUUGAUACUUUAGUUCAGAUGUCUACUUGUAUGGGAUUAGGUGGAUUAAUUGGAGGUCUCGCUGCUAAGAGAAUAGAAGUAACAGAUUUACCACAGAUGGUGGCGCUGUUUCACAGUUUAGUUGGGGCUGCUGCCGUCCUGACUUGCUUCUCAAACCACCUACUAGAACAACCACAUUUCGCUACAGACCCUGCUGCCGGGGUGCUGAAGGGAGCUCUGUUUGCUGGUACCUUUAUUGGUGGCGUCACUUUCACUGGUUCAUUGAUUGCUUUUGGAAAAUUACAAGGUGUAUUAAAAUCAGACCCUCUGUUAUUACCGGGUAGAAACGCCCUGAACGCUGGUAUGGGAUUAAGUAGUGUAGCUGCGCUAGGAACGUACAUGGUCAGUGAAGACCCGUCCACUUUAUUAGGAAUGCUGGGUGUUACCACAACAUUGUCUAGUAUAUUAGGUGUUACCUUGACAGCUGCUAUUGGAGGGGCUGAUAUGCCAGUUGUUAUCACUGUAUUAAACAGUUAUUCAGGCUGGGCUCUCUGUGCCGAGGGUUUCAUGUUAAACAAUAACUUAAUGACAAUAGUAGGAGCUAUGAUUGGAUCUAGUGGAGCUAUCCUUUCUUAUAUCAUGUGUGUGGCUAUGAAUAGAUCUAUCUUUAACGUAAUCCUUGGUGGUUAUGGUACCAGCUCUACAGGUAAAGGUAAACCAAUGGAAAUUACUGGUACUCAUACUGAAGUUAAUGUUGAUGAUGCUGUAGAAAUGAUUAAUGAAGCUAAGAAUAUUAUAAUUGUACCAGGAUACGGACUGUGUGUAGCCAAGGCUCAGUACCCUAUAGCUGAGAUGGUGUCAACUCUGGUUAAAAAGGGACACAAUGUCAGGUUUGGCAUUCAUCCAGUAGCUGGUCGUAUGCCAGGUCAACUGAAUGUAUUAUUAGCCGAAGCUGGAGUGCCGUAUGAUAUUGUACAAGAAAUGGAUGAAUUAAACGAUGAUUUCCCACAAACUGAUCUAGCGUUAGUAAUAGGAGCUAAUGAUACAGUCAACUCUGCUGCAGAAGAAGAUCCUAACUCCAUUAUAGCUGGUAUGCCAGUGUUACGAGUCUGGUUAGCCAAUCAGGUUAUUGUAAUGAAGAGAACGCUUGGUGUGGGUUACGCUGCCGUCGACAAUCCUAUCUUCUUUAAAGAAAACACCAGUAUGUUGCUAGGCGAUGCCAAGAAGACAUGCGAUGCAUUAUUAACCAAAAUUAAAUCUCAAGAACAAGAAUAACCAUGGCAACAGUUUAGGAUAAUUCCAAUAUUAUUUUAUAUUUAUAUAUAUAUAUUAGUUUGUACAUCAAAUAGAAUGGACCUGACUAAUAAUGAAAAAUUUCUAGAUACAUUUAUUCUGUUUUGAAAUAUUAAAACAGAACCUGAAACAUGUUGUUACUCAGAGUUUCACGCUAUGUGAUCUUCAGACAACUGUGUAUUGUUUUGUGCAAAACAUCAAAAAGUGCUAAAGACUAUUUUAAAUUUAAUGAAAUAUUUAUUAUGCAUUUCAAGUGCUGAUUAGACCAAAUCUAAUUUAUUACAAUGUUAUUUUGGACAUCUGUUAUAUCUUUAAAUUCUAAUAAUCCUAGAAAUAACCAGUAAUUGUUUAUAAAAAAGAUGGCUGGACCUGAUAAAUGUAAAAUCAAAUUAAAAAUAUUAUUUAUUUGGCUGAUUUUAACAAUUUCUCACAUUGAGGUUUUGGCGACAUUGUAAAAAUAGUUGUCUAUAGUUUUUGAUGAAUUUAAUUAGAUUUUCAUCGUCACAAUGUCAAACUAUUAUGAAUUUUGUCUUAUACCUUGACUGCAAUAGCCACCUUCUUGUAUCUCGGAAUGCAACGAUUUGAUUGGAUUGAACACCAGUGAAUACAACCAAUCAGAGCCCUCAACAUUAACAGUACGUCUUUUUGUCAAGUAUUCUGAUUGGCUGUAUGUACAGUCCAAACAAAUUGCUUCAUUUCCACGAUACAAGAAAGGUGGCUAUUGCAGUCAAGGUAUAAGUAAGAAGUUCGUAAGAGCUUGACAUUGGUGAAUUUUAUUUGACAGUAAAUGUACACAGAUCUGACAAUGUUUAGUACUGAAUAUCUAUUUAAGUUGUAAGUGAAUUAUGAAACAAGUCUGAUAAGUGUUACAGGCUGUAAAAACUCCAGAGUAAUGGAACCAGACAAUAGAAUAAACAGCUUGUUGUCAUAGCAACAAGAUUUCUAUAAUA